AUGUCGGGCGGCGUCAAUGCAGGCGACAACAAGCUCGUCUUUGAGAGUUCCGAACAGGUCAAGGUCGCCACCACCUUCGACGCAAUGGGACUCAAGGAAGAUCUCCUUCGUGGCAUCUAUGCGUACAACUUCGAAAAGCCAUCCGCGAUUCAGCAGCGCGCCAUCCUCCCCAUCAUCCGUGGCCGCGAUGUGAUCGCACAAGCGCAGUCAGGCACGGGCAAGACAGCCACGUUUAGCAUCUCGAUGCUCCAAUCCAUCGAUACCACUCUUCGCGAGACCCAGGCGCUGGUGCUCAGUCCAACGCGAGAAUUGGCCAUUCAGAUCCAAUCUGUGGUUCUUGCGCUGGGUGACUAUCUCAACGUACAGUGUCAUGCGUGUAUCGGAGGGACAAGUGUAGGGGAGGACAUCCGCAAGCUCGAUUACGGUCAGCAUAUUGUGUCGGGCACACCGGGGCGAGUGUACGACAUGAUCCGACGCCGACACUUGCGCACCAAAAACAUCAAGAUGCUCAUCCUCGACGAGUCCGACGAGCUCCUCAAUAUGGGUUUCAAGGACCAGAUCUACGACGUCUACCGCUACCUCCCACCGUCGACCCAAGUUGUGUUGCUCUCAGCAACGCUACCGCAAGACGUGCUCGAGAUGACGUCCAAGUUCAUGACCGAUCCGGUGCGCAUCCUUGUCAAACGUGACGAGCUCACGCUCGAGGGGAUCAAGCAGUUCUUUGUCGCAGUCGAAAAGGAGGAGUGGAAAUUCGACACGCUUUGCGAUCUCUACGAUACCCUCACCAUCACGCAAGCCGUCAUCUUUUGCAAUACCCGACGCAAAGUGGAUUGGUUGUCGGCAAAGAUGAAGGAGAACAACUUCCAGGUUAGCAGCAUGCAUGGUGAGAUGCAGCAGAAGGAGCGUGACGAAGUCAUGGCCGAGUUCAGACAGGGCAGCUCGAGGGUGUUGAUCACCACCGAUGUUUGGGCCAGAGGCAUUGACAUUGCCAACAUCUCGUUGGUCAUCAACUACGAUCUGCCCACCAACAGGGAGAACUACAUUCACAGGAUCGGCAGGAGUGGAAGGUUCGGCAGGAAAGGUGUCGCAAUCAACUUUGUCACCGUGGACGAUGUUAGGACGCUGCGGGAUAUCGAGCAGUUCUAUUCGACCCAGAUCGACGAGAUGCCCGUCAAGUUGGAAGACGUGCUGUGA